AUGCCUGGAGAAUCCCACGGACAGAGGAGCCUGGUGGGCCGCAGUCCCUGGGGUCUCGAGGGUCGGACACGACCCAGCGACCAAACCACGAAGCAGCCAGGGGUGUCUGAAACCCGUGUCCAACUUGGGGGUGGCGGUUAUCAGACUUCUGUGUCUGCUGCUGCCAUCAAUCUGCUCCUCAGCUCAGCACUUAUUUUUCUAAUUCACCUCCAGAUUCUUAAUAUUUAUGGCUCCAUAGAAAGCAAAACGCGCUUUGCCGGAGAGAAGGCAUUCUGGUCCUUGCUGUCCUCUUCCCGCGACCGGGAUUUUUCGCCGCUCCCCCAGCCAAUCCAUUUUCUGAAAUAUGUAAAAGCGUGCAUUUGA